CUUGAGGUAAUAGCACGGCAGGUCCUACGUCUACUGCGAGUCCGACACGCCUACCAUCUCGACGCCGACUCAUGGUCCGUCGUCCAGACGUCCCGGCCGCCGCCACGGCUCCGAGACUACACGCCGGCGCUGGUCUGCUGCGCAUCCAUGUUCAUGCUCUGCGUCUCGUGGUGUGACCCGGCGAAUAGAAGGGACAAGGUGGUGCGGAAGGUGUUCGAGAUGAACCUCGGCUUGACACCGCUGCUCCAGUGGACCGAGGCGUCCGCGCACCCGGACGCACCCAUGGAUUCCAACAGUGUUCGCCACCGGCCAGGACAGGAUCAACUUGUAGAGAUGUUCAGAAUCUUCGGCAAGAUCCUUGACUUCGCGACGGCUUGCCGGGUCUCGGGCAGCGGGCAGAGCUGGAGCUGCAUCGCCCGGGAGAACGUGGCCGCCAUGGCCGACGCCAUGUCCUGCCGGCUGAAAUCCUUGGCCGUGCUGCUUCUCUGAAGAUCGCUGAUGUGUACUCUGUUUUUCUUUUCCACUUACACUGAUGAUUUGUUUGUUGCCAUGAGCUGCUGAUUGAUGUGCAGCUCGGUAAAGCCAUUCCAUUCCAUUGCAUUGCAUGCCUGCUGUGAUUGUUCA